CCUAAAAUGGAAUCAUGUCAGAGAGCAGCUGGAUACCUUUGCUGCCAUUGCAAGUGCUUCCAAAGGGGGAAGAAUUGGAAUUGAGGAGUUUGCAGAGUACUUAAAGCUGCCUAUUUCAGAUGUCCUCAGGGAGCUGUUUCUACUCUUUGACAGGCUCAGACACAACACUGCUUCGGAGAGUUAAAGCAGCACUAGAUCUCUGAGUAACUCCUGCAAACAAUCUGCGAUGUUCCUCGCGAAAGCUUUGCUGAGUGGAGCAAGUGGCAGUGGCGGUGGAGGGAGCCUUGCACGUGGCCUUGGAGGUCUUCUAACCGGAGGCGGGCAUGGAGGGAAUCUUGGAGGACUUGUUGGAGGUCUCGUCAAUCUUAUAAGUGAAGCAGCAGCUCAGUAUAAUCCAGAGCCACCUCCACCUCCCCACAGUCAUUUUACAAACGUGGAAGCCUGUGAGAGCGAGGAGAUCAGACGGUUUCGUCGCCUUUUUGCCCAGCUGGCUGGAGAUGAUAUGGAAGUGUGUGCCACAGAGCUAAGGGACAUCCUGAACAAAGUGGUUUCCAGACAUCAAGACUUGAAGACCAAUGGCUUCAGCUUAGACACAUGCCGUAGCAUGGUAGCCGUCAUGGACACUGAUACCAAUGGCAAACUGGGCUUUGAAGAGUUUAAGUACCUGUGGAACAACAUCAAGAAAUGGCAAGGUGUGUACAAGCAGUACGAUACCAAUCAGUCAGGCACUGUUGGGAGAGCUCAGCUGCCAGAUGCCUUGAAGGCUGCAGGGUUCCACCUGAAUGAACAGCUCUGCCAGGUCAUCGUGCGCAGGUAUGCCGAUGAGGAUGGCAGCAUGGAUUUCAACAGCUUCAUCAGCUGCUUGGUACGACUGGACGGCAUGUUCCGGGCUUUCAAGUCUCUGGACCGAGAUGGAAAUGGACAGAUCAAAGUGACCAUCGAAGACUGGCUGCAGCUGACCAUGUAUUCGUGAAGGCAUAACAGAGAAGAAUGAGUUUCGUCUGGAAGAUACACAUGGACACCUAUGAUCCCAUACUAUAGAACUGUAGUCUUUUGUUCUAGGGCAGAGGUAGCUACUGGUAGACAGCUCAGCCUGAAGUGUUGUGAUUGCUCUUGUGCAUGCCUCACUCUGCUUUUUGGAAGGGUUUGUAUAAGUUGUCAGUCGGACAGCUGCUUACAUCUGUCUCAGAAAACUAUCUCUAGACUCCAAAGUGAAAAGAAUAAGUUGAACAAUCAAAGCUGAGUUAUUUCUUCACGUACGUUGGCUUGUAUACAACUGUUCUAUAAAAAGCUCCUAAGUUUGGUGUUGCUUUGUGAUGUUACUGUUCUGAUUUGUCAGCAUUCACUAAGCUGGAAUAAAGCUCUGCCUGCCUGAAGGCAAUCACUAGUGAA